AUGCCAGAUCUACCUUCAGCCUUCCUGCCGCUCCUCCUUCUCUCCAAGUUAGUCGCCCCUGUGACCUUUCGUCACCACCGCUAUGAUGACCUCGUGCGGACGCUAUACAAGGUGCACAACCAAUGCCCGGACAUCACACGGCUCUACAAUAUUGGGCGCAGCGUGAAGGGGAGGUACCUCUACGUGCUGGAGUUCAGCGACUACCCGGGGAUCCAUGAGGCCUUGGAACCGGAAGUCAAGUACGUGGGGAACAUGCAUGGAAAUGAGGUGCUGGGGCGUGAGCUGCUCCUGCAGCUGUCGGAGUUCCUCUGUGAGGAGUUCCGGAACCGGAACCAGCGGAUCCUGCGCCUCAUCCAGGACACGCGCAUUCACAUCCUGCCUUCCAUGAACCCUGACGGCUACGAGGUGGCUGCCGCGCAGGGCCCAAACACAUCUGGGUAUCUGGUUGGUAGGAACAAUGCCAACGGAGUGGACCUGAACCGCAACUUCCCUGACCUCAACACCUAUUUCUACUACAAUGAGAAGUACGGCGGCCCCAACCACCACUUACCCCUCCCAGACAACUGGAAGAGUCAGGUGGAACCCGAGACCCGGGCGGUGAUCCAGUGGAUUCGCUCCUUAAACUUCGUUCUCUCAGCCAAUCUGCAUGGCGGGGCUGUGGUGGCCAAUUACCCGUAUGACAAGUCACUUGAGCAUCGGUUCCGAAGUCCUCACCAUCGCACCUCCAAUUCCCCCACACCAGAUGAUCAGCUCUUCCAGAUGCUGGCCAAGGUCUACUCCUAUGCACACGGAUGGAUGCACCAAGGUUGGAACUGCGGCGAUUACUUCCCAGACGGUAUCACCAACGGGGCGUCUUGGUACUCUCUCAGCAAGGGAAUGCAAGACUUCAAUUAUCUCCACACCAACUGCUUUGAGAUCACACUAGAGCUGAGUUGCAACAAGUUUCCCCCGCAAGAGGAGCUGCAGCGGGAGUGGCUGGGUAACCGGGAAGCCUUGAUCCAGUUCCUGGAACAGGUUCACCAGGGCAUCAAGGGAAUGGUGCUUGAUGAGAACUCUAACAACCUCACAGGGGCUGUCAUUUCUGUCACUGGGAUCAACCACGAUGUCACUUCAGGUGAACACGGGGAUUACUUCCGUCUGCUGCUUCCGGGGACUUAUACUGUCACCGCCAAGGCACCAGGGUAUGACCCAAAAACAGUGAUUGUGACCGUGGGGCCUGCGGGACCAACACUGGUUAACUUCCAACUCAGCCGAAGCACGUCUCAGGUGUACCCUGUGCCGAAAGCUCCUGGCCGAGGACAAGGAAGCAGGCCAAAGCAGCCCCGGACAUCCAGAAAGAAAGAUCUGGCAGGAAAGCGGCAUCGCGGCCCUGCCUGAAGCCCAGCACCCAGGGCCACACACAGCAAGGCCGGGUCCCUGCUCUUGAAU